AUGGCAAACCCAAUCAUCAGCUUCGAGAUGAAGGUCUUCUGGUCGGUAAUCUUGGUUAUCGAAUCUGUCUUGAUAAUCACCGGGAACAUCAUGGCAAUAAUAGUUUUUCUYAAGAAGAAUUUCGCUGUGGCAAGGUCAUCAUACAUGCUCGUCAACCUCACUAUUGCCGAUGUCCUCGUUGGAGUAGCCGUGUUUCUGACCUUUCUGGAAUUGACUUUCUCCAGUCAAUACAUGUUCUCAGCGUGCAUCGGAGAAACCGUCAAUCGAGUUGCUCAAAGCGUGUCUCUUUUUACCAUGUUCGCAUCCUUGGUCUCGAUGGCACUAACCGCGUUGGAGAGAAUGCUGGCCAUUCUAUGGCCUUUUCGUUUUCGUAAAAUACAUGGCCUGCACUAUGCUGUUGCUGUCGCUGUCUCUUGGUGCUUAUCAAUCCCCCUCGUGUUCCAGCGUCUCGUCAAUGACUGUUCCGAUAUGAAAGCAAGAAUAGUAACAAAUCGUUUAGUGUUAAUCCUUCAAGCAAUGGCCAUCAUUAUAAUCAUAUUGUCAUAUGCCGCGAUAUUUGUCAAAGUGAGGUUUUUCCCGGAAUUUCAGUCUUCUUCAUCGAUGAAAAAGAACAUCAGACUUGCUAAAACGUUGAUGAUGACGGCUGCCAUCGCCAUUCUCACAUGGAUGCCAAGAUUUGCUGGAAAAAUCUUCAAGGUAGUCAGUUCCAGUUUACGAGAUAUCGAUGUGUAUCUCACACUGUUGGUAAUAAUUUACAGUAAUUCCUUCUUGAAUCUCUUGGUCUACGCUUGGCGCAUCCCAAACUUCAGUAAAGAGAUAAAGAAGCUUUUAAAAUGUGGAUGCAUAUCCAGCAAUGACGUGGUGCCCGUCACGUCUUCCCUGUCAACCCAGUCUGGUCAACCUACCUCCCAAAAAGAAACUCCUGAGAGCGAUUGUACCGGAAAGGAUUUACCGGCUAAAACUGGUUCCACUGCAGGGUCCUCAGAAAAUAAUAAAAUGCCAAAACUGGAAAGGGGGAUAUCAUUCAAUCCAGAAUUGAUCACAGUGCACUGCUAA